GCCCCCUUCAGUGCUGUAGUGUUUGUGCAGUGCGUAGUUAUCUCUCAGACUGAACAGAUCCUGCAGAAACAUGGACACAGAUAACCUCUCCGUGGUUCUGCACGCUAAAGGAGACCUCAGGCUGGAACAGCGUCCCAUACCCGAGCCUGGACCCAAUGAGGUUCUGCUGCAGAUGCACUCUGUGGGAAUCUGUGGCUCUGAUGUGCACUACUGGCAGAAUGGACGGAUUGGAGAUUUUGUGGUGAAGAAGCCGAUGGUGCUGGGCCAUGAGGCUGCAGGACGUGUGUUCAAAGUGGGACCUGGAGUGACCCACCUCAAACCAGGAGACAGGGUAGCUAUAGAACCCGGAGCGCCACGCGAUAUGGAUGAGUUCUGUAAAUCUGGUCGUUAUAAUCUCUCACCUACCAUAUUCUUCUGUGCCACGCCCCCGGAUGACGGGAACCUCAGUAGAUAUUACAUUCACAACGCCAACUUCUGCUACAAACUUCCUGAUAAUGUGAGUUAUGAGGAAGGGGCGCUGAUUGAGCCGCUGUCUGUGGGGAUCCACGCCUGCAGGAGAGCCGGCGUCACUCUGGGCAGCUCUGUGCUCGUCUGUGGAGCAGGGCCGAUUGGGCUGGUCACUCUGUUGGCAGCUAAAGCCAUGGGUGCAUCUCAGGUGAUAAUAAGUGAUCUUUCUGCUGACAGGUUGGCUAAAGCGAAGGAGUUAGGUGCUGAUUUCCUGCUUCCUGUAAAGAGAGAGGAUACUGCACAGGAAAUGGCUAAACGAGUGGAGGGGAUUCUGGGAGGAAUGCCUCACAUCAGUAUAGAGUGCACCGGAGCAGAGAGCUGCAUUCAGACAGCUAUUUACGCCACUCGCUCUGGGGGAGUAGUGGUGUUGGUGGGGCUUGGAGCUGAGAUGGCCACAGUGCCAAUCCUCAACGCAGCAGUGAGAGAAGUGGACAUCAGGGGCGUGUUCCGCUACUGUAACACGUGGCCUGUGGCUAUUGCUAUGUUGGCAUCUAAGCGGGUCAACGUGAUGCCCCUGGUCACCCACCGCUUCCCACUGGAGCAGGCUGUGCAGGCUUUUGAGACGUCGAGACAGGGCCUUGGUGUCAAAGUCAUGCUGAAAUGUGACAAAAACGACCAGAACCCAUAAGACCAGAACUAUUCACUAAUGAUCACAGGGACUACAGUGUCCAAACUGCAGCAGAAACAGUUAAUCUCCACAAUCCAUAAAACCAUUCUGAUGUUUUUUUAAAAAUAGUUUUUUAAUUACUGCAUAAACAGAUUAUAUUUGCAGCUAUGAUAAUGAUGAAAAUCCUAAUAACAUUUUGUAAUUGCUUCCUUUUGCACUAAUUGAAGUAUUAAAGAAAAUUCUAUUUAGGAA